ACGAAAAGGCUCUGUAAGCUUGGCCUGAGGGAGGGAGAGGAAGAUGAAGCUCACAUGGAAGAACAAGAGCAAUACUAGGAAGCGAUCUCUGACGGCGAUUUCAAGCCGUUCAAAUCUUCCUUUUGAAGUGCCCGGCGCCGGCGAGGUGGAAGACGAUAGUGCUUAUAAUCGCCAAGACAAAGAAGUAAACCUUGAGGCGGUAGACCGGAGAGAGGAUGAAUCAUCGGACUGCUCCUCAGACCUCAAACGGCUCGCUGAAUCAUUUCAGGCUCAAGGCGAUAGGCUGGCCGAGGAUGGAAAGUUUCGGGAAGCUCUGGGAAAAUGGGAGAAUGCUCUUACUUUGAUGCCUGGAAAUGCAGUUUUACAUGAACAAAAGGCACAAGUUCUGCUGGAGGUUGGUGAAGCUUGGGGUGCUUUGAAGGCAGCAAGCAGAGCUACUGACUUAGAUCCAUCAUGGGCUGAGGCAUGGAUCACUCUCGGUAGAGCACAGUUAAACUUUGGGGAACCUGAUAGUGCUAUUGAAAGUUUUGACAGAGCUCUAGCCAUCAAGCCUGAUUCUGGGGAUGCCCGAGGUGAUCGACAAACUGCAUUGCAUCUUAUAAAGCGGCGAAAACAGCUUCAUUCAGCUGGGUUAAGCAGUACUGAAAAUCGUUAUUUGGUCAGGGACAAGUCGAAAGAUUCCGACAUUCACGAAGAGUAAUCUGAAACAGAAUACCAUGUAGUUUGUAAUUUUGGUUCUUAAUACGGGGUUAGAAUUUCACCAUGGCCAAAAACAGCAUGUACCUGAGUUUAUUUGGUUCCCAGAUAAUUAAGUUGUUUUUGUGUGAAUAUAUAUAUGUAUUUUUUUUUGUCCUUCGUCUUUGUGUGAAUAUUGAAACAAGGGAAAAAGCAUAUACAGCUACAUAAUGUAUGAAACAUAACUAUUUAUUUUCCAAAUCCCGAAAAAUAGCUGUAAUAAAAUGUCAGUGAAAGUAAUUGAAAUGUU